UGUGGUUGUCAGAAAUGAAUGAAAAUGAGAAAUUGAAAAAAUUAUCAAUAGCAUGGAGAAAUUUACGUUAUGAAGCGAACAGUUUGUUGUUUCGACGGGAUCGAAAAAUUAUUCUACGAAGAUUGAAUGGUCAUCUGAAUUAUCAAAGUUUGAAUGGUUUUCUUGGUCCAAGUGGUUCGGGCAAAACAACAUUAUUGAAUUGUCUGAAUGGAACAUUACGCGGAACGGGAUUGUCAACAGACUCGGAAAUCUAUUUCGACCGUAGUGGUAACCAACAAACACCGAUAAUACGUUCGAUCGAACAACAUGUUCAGGAAACCAUUAUUGGUAAGAUGACCAUUCGACAAGUGCUUCAAUAUGCAUUCAGAUUCAAAAAUAAUCGAAAAGAUUUCUCCAAGAUGGAUCAUCAUAUUGGACAAAUAUUGAAGGAAAUUCAACUUGAUGAAACAAUUCUUGACAAUCAAUUCGAAAAGUGUUCUGGAGGUGAACAAAAACGUGUGGCCAUUGCUCAGGAAUUGAUGUCAUUACAACAACCGAAUUUUUUGUUUAUGGAUGAACCGACCACUGGUCUGGAUAGUAAUUCCGCUUUGCUGGUAAUGCAAUGUCUUCGUCGAUUAGCCGAUCAUAACGAUCAUCUGACUAUUUUAGUAUCGAUACAUGCACCAAGUUCCGAUAUUCUCAAUCUAUUCGAUCAACUUUAUAUCCUGGCCAAAGGUGGUGUUUGUAUUUAUUUUGAUUCACCUAAAAAUCUGAAAAUGAAGCUUCAACAAAACUGCAGAGAGGAAUUUCGACAAGAUAGACCACCAAUUGAAAACUAUUUGAAAAUAGCAUGCGAAGGAAUCGAUAAUACAGCAGUACAGAGAUUAGCAAACAUAAAUCUUGAAGAACAACAAGAAAAGUUAUCAAGAGUUAAUUUGAAAGAAGAACUAGAUCUAAUAAACUCUAUACCGAAUAAUCGAAAAACCUUCAAUAUUGGUGAUUUAUUUCUAAAUCUUCAUCGAAUGACAAAUUUAAUUUUCAUCAUUGAACGUAACAAAUUGUUGAAACAUUUUUUGGCUUUUCUUUCAUUUUCCAUAAUAUUAUCGAUGUUUUUCAAACAAUCAAUUGUUCGACCAAAUACAUGCUAUCGAUUCGAUGAUUAUGAUGAUGAUGAAUCGAAUAACAAUUCAACAUGUUUUGAACAAUUACAAGAUAAACAACUCGUUGAUCAAUAUCGAAUGUAUCUUUAUGUUGGCAAUGGAAUUAUUGCAUUUGUCAUAGCAUGCAUAACUGUAUUGGAAUUUAUGCCAUUGAUGAAAAUUUUCCGUAAUGAACAUCGUAAUCAUUGGUAUAGUCUUGGAGCAUUUAACUUUUCAUUUAUGACGAUAAAAAUUAUUGAACUUGCCUUAAUAUCAGCAUACACCACUGGAAUGAUGUAUUUUUUUAUCGAUCAUACAUAUGUUGAUGAUUAUCAAAUCAAUUUCAAUCGAUUGGCACAUUACUUUCUUUUCUUAUUAAUCUAUUAUAUUUAUCUACAAAGUUAUGGAUUGCUUUUCGGUUCAAUAUUAUCUAUUCAAGAAUUUGUAAUAAUAUUGAACAUUGUUGCUGUCGAAACAAUUCAUUUGUUUAAUGGUGCAAUGUUUAAUGUUGAAAAAAUACAAAGACCUAUGUUGACUAUAAUAUCGGAUAUAUUGAUGUCAAAAAUAUCACAAAAUGGUUUGAUGUAUUCGUUGAAUGUUUUGGAUCGAUGUGAUAUGGAAACAGAGUUAUCAUAUGCUCUUGUUGAUUAUGGUAUCGAUCAAAAUAAAGUAUAUACCGAUCUUAUCAAAAUAAUAGCUGCAACAAUGGCCAUUCGUAUUGCCACUUUCGGUGUGAUGUAUAUUCGUUUUUCAAAUCCCUAUAUAAAGAUUAAUUCUAGACGUUCUUUGGGGAAAAACGAACUUGUACCAAUUGAUUACAAUGAUUCAUCAAUGGAAAUGAUGAAAAUUGAUUCGAACGAAAUAACUCGUCAUAAAGAGAAUCAAGAAUUAGAGUUUGAAAAUUUUGCACGUGGAAAAAUCAUGGUUGCUUGGCGUUCAGUUACCUUAUUCGCUUCGAAUUCAAUCUACGAAAUUCGAUCCGUUAAUGAUAUCAAUGAUCAAUGCAAAUUAAUACUGAGAAAUUUGAAUGGCCAAUUUCGAUUUGGAACAUUGAAUGCAUUGAUGGGUCCAUCUGGUGCUGGCAAAACUUCAUUAAUGAAAGUAUUAAAUGGUCAAAUGAAAACAAGAUUAUGUGAAGAAAGUCAAUUCUAUUUGACCAAAUAUUGCCCAACUCGUGUAUGCUAUUUGACACAAGAAGUGUCUUGGCAUUUGAUACCUGGCCUGACAACGCUUCAGAGUUUGAUCUAUGCAUCUAGGUUGAAGAAUGCUCAAGAAGAAUUGAAAAUAAAUCAUGAAAGCAUAGCAAGAAACAUUUUGAAUGAAUUAGGUAUUGCCGAUGCUGCUGACACUUAUGUACAAAAAUGUUCGGGUGGAGAACGAAAACGAUUAGCACUGGGUUUGGAAUUGACUAGUCUCCGUAUGCCAAAUUUGAUUUGCAUCGAUGAACCGACCAGUGGAUUGGACAGUAAUUCAGCUGAAACAUUGGUCGCUUGUCUUGCCAGACUUGCUCGAACUCACAAUCUGACCAUCAUAACAAGUAUUCAUCAACCAAACAUGGAAAUGUUGAUGAUGUUCGAUCAACUUUACGUUAUGGCAUUAGGUGGUGUAUGCGUUUAUUCGGGCAAACCGUCUGACAUUCAGCAAAAUCUACCAAGUGAUUCGAAUCCUGAAGAUUUAUCACCGAUUGAACGAUUGAUCAAAUAUUCAUGCCAUAAUUACAAUGAUUUACAAGUUCAAGAUUUAUCAAGAUUAGCAAACAAUAAAAUCCUAUCUGAACAUGAAGAUGUAUUAGAUAAAACUGUUUUUGUUAUCGAUGGAAUACCUACGAUUCGUAAUCGAUUUACAUUACAAUCAUGUUGGGUAAUGAUUCUUCGUUAUGUAAUGUUUGUUCGAGGUUAUCAAUGGAUUCCAUUCAUUAUGUUCAGUUACAUUUGUGUAUUCCUUGCUUUAUUGUUUUUGUUUAUAUUCGAUAGUAAAAUGGUCAAUACUGAUGGAUGUUUCAAUCCACAAGAAGAUCUAAAUAUUACUUGUAAUAAAACUAAAGAAGAUGAUGAAAAAGUUUUUGAUUUGGAAAUGUCUUUCCGUUAUAUGGUUACAUGUACAAAUAUUUUAAUGUCUUUAUUUUUGGUACAAACAUCGUUUUUAUUUUCAAGAGAUAUCAAAUAUUUUUGGAAUGAAUAUCGUAAUGGUUGGUAUAGCACUGGAGCAUUCUAUUUGCCACGCAUAUUACUUGAAUGGAUUCAUAUAGCAUUGACAAUGUUAAUAUUUAUCUAUAUGAUCGAUAUCUAUGAAACAAUACGACCAGGUAUCUACAUUUGGUUAUUUAUCAUCUUUUUAUUGGGAAUAAUAUGUACACAAGGCAUGGGAAAUUUAUUGGCCAUAACAACCAAUGGUGAAUUAAAUCUUUUGGUCGUAUCAAUGUUAUGUGUAGCUAUGUUAUGUAUUUUACUUGGAAAUUCAGCAACACCAGUGAAACAAUUACAUUAUUCUUUUGAAUUUUUAUCAUUAUUUUCACCAUCAAGAUUUAUAAACGAAUGUUUUAUUAUGUUACAAUAUGGGUUUGAUCGUUGUCGUCCGAAAGAAAUUCAAGUAAUUCUUUACCAAUUACGUAUCGAACAUGAUGAACAUUUUUAUUUUUGUAUCAUAAUGUUGAUCA